GGUGAUUUUUUUCUUGCGUACGGCAUCCGUAUCUCUCUCCUCCAUACAAUUACCUACUUAAUUACGAUCAGGUUGUGCUCUGUACUACCUCUGGUCGUCUGUGCCUUCCCCAUUUGCAGAAGUCAAUCGGCAAAUCUCAUUGGUGGAUCACCCUUCGCCUGCACCCGCAAUAAAUAAUACUUGUACGGAGUACACACUCGCAUACCUGUACCAACUCAAGCUUUUCCAGUCGCAACCUCUCUCUGCUCUAUUCGAGUCCGACACCAACAAUCCUCCCUCAUCCGACCCUCCAUUCGCCAUCAUGGGUCUUCUCAAGCAGCUCCUCUACUUCUCCGUUCACCCAAACCAGUUGCGCUCCGUCAUUCAAUGGUAAGGCUCGAGGCUUCGCAUCCACCACACAAUCCAACCUUCCUUUCUGACCUCCUCAUAGGAAAGUCUGGCAUGAUCCUGUCCACCAGCGAAACCCCGCGAAGGAGUCUGCGACACUCAAAGAAUGUUUCCAUUACCUCAACUUGACCAGUCGAAGUUUCAGUUCCGUCAUUCAAGAGCUCAACCCAGAACUACUCGUCCCAGUCGCACUUUUCUACCUGAUCCUGCGAGGACUUGAUACAAUCGAAGAUGAUAUGACGAUAUCUCUAAAGAAGAAGGAGCCUCUGUUAAGAAAUUUUCAACAUAUUCUCGAGCAACCUGGAUGGACAUUCACCGAAAAUGGACCAAACGAGAAGGAUCGGGAUCUGCUUGUCCAUUUCGAUUGUGUCAUCACAGAGUUCAUGCUGUUGAAGAAGGAAUAUAGAGUCAUUAUAGCCGACAUCACUGAGAAGAUGGGAAAUGGUAUGGCCGACUACGCAAACAAUGCAGAGUUUAAUGAAGUUGGAGUCGACACAAUCAAAGACUACGAAUUAUACUGCCAUUAUGUCGCCGGACUUGUAGGAGAAGGUUUGACGAAAUUAUUCGUAGAAGGCCAGCUUGCGAAUCCAGCGCUCAUGAAAAGACCGGAAUUAUACGAGGCCAUGGGUCAAUUCUUACAAAAGACAAAUAUCAUCCGUGAUAUCAAGGAGGAUCUUGAUGAUGGCAGACGCUUUUGGCCAAAGGAGAUUUGGUCAAAGCAUGUCGACAAGUUCGAGGACUUGUUCGUGCCACAGAAUCUCGAGAAAGCAUUAAAUUGCAGUUCCGAAAUGGUCCUCAACUCUCUACGCCAUGGUGAAGAAUGCCUGUUCUACAUGGCAGGCAUCAAAGAUCAAUCUGUUUUCAACUUUGUUGCAAUUCCUCAGUCAAUGGCUAUCGCGACACUCGAGCUUGUUUUCCAGAAUCCAGCCGUCUUCAAGAGGAACAUCAAAAUCACAAAAGGAGAUGCUUGUCAAUUGAUGAUGGAGUCGUCACAAAAUCUACGAACAGUCUGCGAAAUUUUCAAGAGAUAUACUCGACGUAUACACGCCAAGAACAAUCCCAAAGAUCCAAAUUUCUUACAAAUCAGUAUCGCAUGUGGUAAAGUGAGUUCAUCCUUCCUAUUGAAGGGUCAAAAAAUCUUGCUAAUACUUUUAGAUUGAACAAUUCAUCGAAUCAAUCUAUCCAUCACAAGAUCCAAAAGCUCUGCAUCUACUUCAUAAAUCUGCUGAUUCUGCCACUGUCGCGGAAAGCGAAAAGAACAAGCUUAGCCAGAAGGAAUCUGCAACUGAUACCCUCUAUCUUUUACUUGCGGUUGUCGGUACUCUCCUGGUCAUUUCAGGACUUAUGGUAUGUCUAUCUCUUCAAGUUAUAUAAGAAAAACUACUAACAUUUCCAAGAUCGGUGCUGCAUAUUUGGCUGGUGCUAAUUUCGACCUCGCAUUCACCGAACUACGAAAAGGCAACUUCAUCCCCAAAGGAACUUACUCCACCAUUCCUCAACAGGAUCAUGGAGAGCUGUAAAUAUCUAGCGCGGACUUUCUUGUCUCUUCUUCUUCUUCUUUUUUUCAUGACCUAAAAAUUACACGUAAUAAUUACUGGAUUUCUUCUUUUUGCCGAGGGGGCCUUUCUCUCUGCGGGCUUACGAAGCGAUGAUCUUGUACAUUAAAUCUCUCGAGGCGAAGAUAACUAGGUGGGAUACACGAUAAGCUGCUCAAGUAUCA